UAGAGUUUCAAUUCACUCAUCAUAUACUUUCUCUAUCAGUAUAAUCUUCUCAUCUUAAUUGCCAAAAAAUGGGGACUUGCGCUUCUUCACACAUCUUGGGGUGGCAAAGUGGAAGAUUUCUGCUAAAUAAUACUCCGGCGGCGGCGGCCGCCAUGGUGGUCCACGAGAACGGCGAGCUACUCGAGUGUCGCCGUCCCGUGAAGGCCGCCGACGUUUUAUCGGAGAACCCGAAUUGCUUCCUCUCAAACUCGGAGUCCAUGAGCGUUGACUCAGAAAUACCUCAAGUAUCGAAAGACGAAGACCUGCAGAUCGGUCAACUCUACUUUCUCCUCCCCAUUUCUAAGUCGCACUCCCCACUGACUCUUCAGGAUAUGUGUAGGCUCGCCGUCAAAGCCAGCUCUGCUCUCAAUGGGUAUUUUACUCCGGUGGCCGGAGCUGUUGUCCGCCGCCGCCGCGGUUCUUGCAAUGAGAGAGUUUCUAGGCGGCGGCAUGUGGCAACCUUUAUUACUGACUGGGCCGUGACUGUUGUAACAAAAUUUUAAUACGGAUUAUAAAUGUUCCAAACUUCCAAUCAACAAAUAUUUGUAAUUUUAAUUUGUUCUAAUAGUUUUUCUUCCAUUCGGAAAUUGGAGGUACUUUUUAGAGAAUUAAGGGUGACGUGUACGAUAAAUGUAAUAAGGACAUCCAUCCAAGUUAUUUCUAAAGAGCUUGAAUGCUAUGGCUAACGUACAAAUGAAUUGUUGUUAUACCAAUAGUGGACAAAAUGUAUAGCUGUAGGCUAUAUUUGGCACAACCAGCUGAAACUGGAUACUAAUGUCUGAAUUACGGGCUAUUGUCUGAAUCAGAGACUGUUGUCUGGAGUUGAAUUUUAAAGUGCUGAAUCUGAAUUGUUA